CUCCUGUCUUUAGAAACAAAUAUUGUACGGACAGGGCACGGUAGGAGCGGCAUCAGAAACGUUGGAUGUUGAGGAAGAAAGGAAGACCAUGUCGCGAGCAAAGGCUGGAAAAAACGUGCGGAAACCGUUCGGGGCGAACCCUGGUAGUGCAUUCCACGAGUCUACUGAAGACGACCAAUCCGUGCAUCCAACAUUGUUGAGAAAUGCGCGAUCGAGUGGACAAUUGAAUAUUUCGGGCCGCGGGUUGACUGCCGUUCCAAAAUCUGUUCUGAAUAUAAACAUCGAAGAAGCGGAGUCAGCUCGGAACUUCACCCUCGACAGCAGUGCCGAGAGGUGGUGGGACCAAACUGACCUGACUCGCUUGAUCAUCGCUAACAAUUGUCUCAACUCUUUACCGGAAGACAUCCGCCUGCUCCAUGCCCUUAACGUCCUCGAUGUUCAUGAUAACAAUUUGGAGUCCCUUCCCGAUACGCUUGGUGACUUAAUUGAAUUACAAAAGCUAGUUCUCAGUCGCAACAAGUUGACUACAUUACCUGUUACUAUAGAACAACUACAGAACCUGACCGUGCUUCAAAUUGAUAACAACAACAUGACGAACUUACCUGAUGGAAUCGGUCAACUGAGUAAUUUGGAAGAUUUUAAUGCUUCUAACAACAGUCUGGUCACAGUGCCGCCAGCUUUGGGUAAACUAACCAAAGUCCGGAAUUUAAACCUCUCUUCGAACCAACUUACAACUCUCCCUGCUGAAGUAGGGAAUAUGUCUCGUUUACAUAUUCUUGAUGUGAGCAGCAAUCAAAUCACUCAUCUUCCUAACGAAUUAGGAAACCUCCGCAAUAUGGAGAUGUUUUAUGGACAGAAAAACAAACUUGUCCAUUUACCAAUUUUAACUGAUUGUACAGCAUUGAAGGAAUUGCAUUUGGGUUUCAAUUAUAUCACUGAGCUUAGCAAGGAACACUUAGCUCCACUGGGUCAAAUCACUUUGAUGGAUCUCCGUGACAACAAACUGAAGGAAAUCCCGGUAGAGAUAACACUUCUUGCCAAACUACAGAGACUUGAUCUCACUAACAAUAGCCUACAAGGGCUGGCCAAUGAAGUUGGCUUAAUGGUUAAUCUGAGAACUUUGCAGUUUGAUGGUAAUCCCAUUCGAAACAUCCGGCGUGACAUUAUAAUGAGAGGGACAACAGAAGUCUUGAAGUUUUUACGUAACCGUAUACAAGAACCUGCGUCGAAAGAGGUGGGUGACUCCCCAUCUCGGAGAGCCUUAUCCACACCUGCUACUGCCGCUGCUGCAUUUACUGAAAAUGAUAUCACUUCUAUCAGACCCCAUGAUGUUUGUCACUUCAAAACCCUUAAAUAUAGUAAUAAACAAGCUUCCACAGAUCUUCCUGAUGAUGUUUGGGAAUUUGCUGUCAAAAACGGGGUCACCACUGUUAACCUUGGCAAAAACAACUACACAACUUUACCACCAGGAGUCUUCAAGUUAAUUGAAUGCUUGACUGAACUUCACAUGGGAUUUAACAAACUGACUUGUCUACCUGCUGACAUUGGAAAGAUGGUUCAUUUAACAUACCUCGAUGUUCGGAAUAAUUGUAUGACAGACCUUCCUGAGGAAAUCAGUCAGCUCAAGAAUUUAAGGGAAAUCAAUCUGGCUGAGAAUCGGUUUACCACAAUCCCACUGGUGAUCUAUACUCUCUCCAAACUGGAAAUCCUGUUCAUCAAUGGCAACAAGCUAACAGAGGUCGAUGUGGACUCACUCCAGAAGCUGCCAAUCCUCAGUACCCUAAAUCUACAGAACAACAAUCUAACUCAGAUUCCACCAGAAUUGGCUCUUUGUCCCAAAUUGGCUUGCCUCCAGCUCGAAGGGAACGCUUUACGAAACCCACGGGCAGCCAUAAUUGCCAAAGGGAGUUCAGCCAUCUUGGAUUAUCUUCGAGACCGCAUCAUCAAAUAAGUGUUCUUCGUUUGUUUGUUUGCAGUUCACUUCACACCAGCUACCAGCAUGUACUUUUAUUUUUUAUAUAUGUAAUAUAUACACUUCCUAUGUGUGAGCAUGCACACACACACACAUACAUAUAUAUGCACAUAUACAUACAUGCAUAUACAUACUCAUACGUACAUGCAUACACACAUACACAUAUAUACCAUAAUACACAAACGUAAGACAGCGAGAUGGGGGAAACGUUAGCACGCCGGGCGAAAUGCUUAGUGGUAUUUCGUCUGUUUUAUGUUCCGAGUUCAAAUUCCACCGAGGUCGACUUUGCCUUUCAUCCUUUCAGGGUCGAUAAAUAAAGUACCAGUUGCAUACUGGGGUCGAUCUAAUUGACUGGCCCUCUCCCACAAAAUCUUGGGCCUUGUGCCUAGAGUAGAAACGGAUACACAAACACACAUGCAUGCACAAUCACACAGAUGUGUUUCCUAACGAGCUUAAUUGAAAGUGGGCUUCAUUAAGCUUCCUAAUUAGACUCUGUUUUGUUUGUAUUCAUUUACUUUUAUUUCCUCGCAGUUUUCAGACACUGGACUGUGGUCAUACUGGAGCUUUUGUCUCCAAAGGUUUUUGUGAAAUUUGCCACCCAUUCCCUCUCACCUCCACUCCCAAAACUUUCUUACAGUCCUUGUCUUAUCGAUCUCUAUUGAAGUCCACCUAAGGGACCCAGCUUGGUGGACUGAAUACCACAAGGUAUUUUUGUUCAACAUUCUCAUUUAUUGACCAUGUCCUGGUCAAUAAAUACUUUUAUUCAUUAAUUUUAAAAUUAUUUUUUAUUCUUACUUUUGGCACACACUGGCGGUCUCUCUGUCUCUGGCUGUCUGUUUCUCUCUCUCCUUUUCUUUCUGGAAAAGGACUAAUGUCCGAAAUGUUAAAACACUCCAUAUCUAUCACAAAUUUUCUAGCAUUAAACUGAUCACUGUAUUUGUCAUA